UACCUCUGCAAGAGAACAAUGCAAAACAAGGCACGACUGGAGCUCGCAGACUAUGAGGCUGAGAGCCUGGCCAGGCUGCAGAGAGCGUUUGCCCGGAAGUGGGAGUUCAUUUUCAUGCAAGCAGAAGCACAAGCAAAAGUGGACAAGAAGAGAGACAAGAUUGAAAGGAAGAUCCUUGACAGCCAAGAGAGAGCAUUCUGGGAUGUGCACAGGCCUGUGCCUGGAUGUGUAAAUACAACGGAAGUGGACAUUAAGAAAUCAUCCAGAAUGAGAAACCCCCACAAAACACGGAAGGUAAAACUGACAUCUGUUGUGCUGAUCUUGGUGAUGGAUUGCAUUGUUUACAGGAUGCCCCUGGUGCACCCCAGCGGCAGGCAGAGCUCACGGCCAUGCCUUCGCCCCACCCGCUGCUGGUCCAGGGUCCGGGCACUGCGUCGAUGGCGGCUCCGCAAAACAUUCGACCCGGCUGCAGCCCGUGUCCUGAGCGGACUGGACUGUAACAUGAGGCAUCUGCGCGGCUUCUGCCGGGCCCAAGUGGUGUGGGGCUUCGGCCGUGGCUCCAGGCAGCUGGGCAUCCACGCAGCUAAUCUUCCUGAACAAGCUUAUCAGAUAAAAUAUUGGCAAAUACAGUUAGAUAGACAUCGGUUAAAAAUGUCAAAAGUCGCUGACAGUCUACUAGGUUACACGGAACAGUAUUUAGAAUACGACCCGUUUCUCUUGCCACCUGAUCCUUCUAACCCAUGGCUGUCCGAUGACACCACUUUCUGGGAGCUUGAAGCAAGCAAAGAACCGAGCCAACAGAGGGUAAAACGAUGGGGUUUCGGCAUGGACGAGGCAUUGAAAGACCCAGUUGGGAGAGAACAGUUCCUUAAAUUUCUAGAGUCAGAAUUCAGCUCAGAAAAUUUAAGAUUCUGGCUGGCAGUGGAGGACCUGAAAAAGAGGCCUAUUAAAGAAGUGCCCUCAAGAGUUCAGGAAAUAUGGCAAGAGUUUCUGGCUCCUGGAGCCCCCAGUGCCAUUAACUUGGAUUCCAAGAGUUAUGACAAAACCACACAGAACGUGAAGGAACCUGGACGAUACACAUUUGAAGAUGCUCAGGAGCACAUUUACAAACUGAUGAAAAGUGAUUCAUACCCACGUUUUAUAAGAUCCAGUGCCUAUCAGGAGCUUCUACAGGCAAAGAAAAAGUCUGGAAACUCAAUGGAUCGCAGAACAUCUUUUGAAAAAUUUGCACAGAAUGUGAGAUACUGCAAACACUGCUGCAUGCCUUACUUAGCCGAAGAUCUUUUGUUUAAAGCAAGUUCCUGUCCUCAAAUCUGGGGAAAUCUCUCACGUCCAAGAGGUUAACAAGCCUUGUUCAGUCUUACUAAACGGAUCAUCUUGUAGCAUGAAUGCAGACUGGAGUCACUGCACAUACUUUGUAGCUCGCUGUUGUGAUCUGGAGCAGAGGACAUUAGAACAAGAUGUUGCAUGAGCAAAGGACCUAAAUUGUUAUUUGUGUGUGUACAUUCCAUCUCCAGUGGACUCUUCCAUCUCAAUGCCUCCAUUCCAAACUGUUGUCUGCUUUCUUUCUCCCUCUACUUACGCUGGAUCUGUGUCUUUUCCUUUUUAACAAGUUCAAGUGAAGUAAAACCGUUUCUUUUUUUCCUUCUCUCUCUCUCUCUCUCUCUCUCAAAGCUUCAGCUAGACACACAGUUCACUGAAAAUUCAGUCAGUCAAAAACUGGAAGAACUGUAAAAGAAAAAAGUAUAUAUCAAUAAGUAUACAUACGGCUUCACAUUUAUUAAACAGUAAAUUCGCACAGAAAGUUUCAUUUCACCAAUGUAUCCACAGUCGGAAAGAAACUCCUGUCUUUGUCUGUUGUCUGUACAUUCUCCGUUAAUGUUUCUUGCAUUUAUUUUUAUACCAUAUUUAAAGAAGAAACACCUUUUACUCCAAAUGUAUUAAAGUUGUUCCCUUCUCUGUAAA